GUGCAUCGAUAUCAUAUUCUCGCAGUGGCACGCUGUCAACAGCAAGGACAGUGACAAGAGGCUCUCUGUGUCCGAGGCCCAGACCAAGGGCGUGCUUAUUUCGAUGGCGAUCCAGUUUUGUUUGCAGGGCACCCUGACUCUGGGCAAGAGUGUUAUCACGAGCUGGUCCACCUUGCGCUUGAAGCUCCAGGAGCUUGCGAGGCACUCGCUGACGAGUGGUGCUGCCAGGCUUUCGGCCGAAGCCGGAGUGACGCUUAUCUCGGAGCAGGCCGACGUGGAGGACCUCCUCUUGAAGUGCUUGGAGACGGUGUUGGAGAGCGAGACCGUGGAUGCCAAUCCGCUGAAGGACGUCCCGGAGGAGGUGCUCAAGAAACUCACUGGAUUCAUGGAGGCGAACAACCCCUCGCUCCCCGUCAAGAUGCUCCCAUGCUUCGCCGUCAUCAGGUCCAACGUGUGGCCUGCCGUAUCGGGCUCGAAGGGCACGCCAGCGACGGCAAACUUGGAGUCGCUGAUGGUCGCCAUCUACGACGGCUUCAAGAAUCAUGUGGAUCAGGCCUGGCCGAUUUUCUGCGCGUCGGUCAAGGCUGCCGCGGCUGCUGCUGCGGGAGGCCGCCUGCCCCAGUGGAUCAUCGACAAGAAGAUCUUCGAGCUUGCCCAGGCGAAGUUCUACGUGAAGUUGCCGGUCAGCAUUGCCUUCGCUCUGGUUGAGGAGAUGAUCAGCGAGCUUCCGUCCCUGCGGGAGGCCGCGGCGAAGGUCAAGCCCUUCCUCGCCGUCACCAUCCGCGCCGAGGGCAGCGAGUACCAGGACCUGCUCUUCGAACUGACCAAGGACACCGCGCCCUGCCUCGAGGGCUCGGAGAACCAGUGGCCGAUCUUCUGGGCCAAGGUGAUCGAGGACCUCGACGCAUUCAACACCGCCGCGACCAGGGGCAACAAGCAGGUGCAGCCGAAGGAAGUGAAUGAGCUUCUCAAGCGUCUGAAGGUCACACUCGAGAACGUUCAGAAAGGUCAGGGGCAGGGUGGCGUCGGCGAGCAACAGAUUGCUCUGAAGGAGGAGGGCGGUCAGCAGAACACGGUGUACAUGACCCCCGAGAAGAUCCCUACUGAGAAGUUGGACGGGUUGGUCUUUCCGUGGGUGAAGCUUUCGGAUGCAUCGUCCUAUGUGGGCACAAUGAAGGCGUCGGAGGCCCUGGAGAAGAAGCAGGCGUGGACCAAGGUAGACAAUGACCCCAUGGUGGCCGUCAUGACAGAGAUGGAGUCAAUCGAGAAAGUCAUUGACUUGGAUGACGAGGUGAUUGCAAAACAAUUCAAUAUGCAGUGGGUGAACCGCCUUACCCGUUUCAUUGAGUGGCAAGUCUUCGAUCUGGCAGAGGACGAGAUGCCCUACGAGAAGCUGGCCCAGUGUGUCACCAUCAACGUCAGCUCAGCGAAGGUGGAUAAAGGCAAGAAACCUCAACUGGCCCUUGAUACCGAUAAACAAUCAAAGGAUAACUGCCGCUUCCCGUUCGUGGGCACGGUGACCACGACACGCGUGAACCCCUGCACGCAGAUCGGCCAGCUGAAGGUGGAGAAGAAGUCAGAACAUGUCGAGAUCCAGAUCCCACUGUACCUGAGCGGCUCCGGGUACAACGACCCCCUGAGCCACAAGAUGUGCGUCGCCUGGUCCAUGCCCCCCAUCAGUCAAGCGAAGACUCUCGACGCGUCUUGCGAGUCGCUGAGUUGGCGCAAACAGUUGCAACUUCCAGAUAACCUCAAGCUGGGUGCCACCGACGAGCCGCAAGACAUCACCAUCUUGAUGAAGGUGGCCAAGAUCAAGGAGGUCCGUCCUAUCACGUGCCUUCGGGAUGAUGUUCCAGGCACUCCCCUCUUCCGGACUGUGUGGCCCGACGAAGUCCUGCAGCAGCCAGCGAAGAGUCUGGGCAAGUCGUUGGCGAACCUCACCGAUGAGCUCAUGGGCUUCAUAGGCGUGAGCGGCGCUUCCAAGAGCUACGGUGACAGCAAGAAUGGCCAGCCCGAGAAGGAAACGCCCGAGAAGAUCUCCGCCGCCGCUUCCGAUGACGUCAACGACGACGUCAAGGCAGCCAGGCACUUGAACAAGUGA